AUGGAAGGAGGAGGAGCGAGAAAGAGGAGGAGUGAGAAGCCAUACAAGGGGAUAAGAAUGAGGAAGUGGGGAAAAUGGGUGGCGGAGAUCAGAGAACCAAACAAACGAACGAGGAUAUGGUUGGGUUCUUACAGCACGCCAAAGGCGGCAGCCAGGGCUUAUGACAUAGCUGUGUAUUUGUUACGUGGACCAUCGGCCAAGCUCAACUUCCCUGAGUUUAAACCUGCGGAUCUGUCUCAAGUCGGUGGUGGCGGAACUGAUUUGUCGGCGGAGGCUAUACGGCUCAAAGCUGUGGAGGUCGGGUCAAGAGUUGACGCAAUGGAAACCGCCAAUGGUCAGUGUCAGUCUCACUCUCGGGUUGACCCGGUUGAGCUUGACUUGAACCAGAUGCCCAAACCCGAACCCGAGGCCUAA